CUGGUGAUUGAAAAUAGGCACCUGGGGCCUGUUGCACAAAAGUAGAAUUAAGACAUCCGGGAUAAAUGACUCAGCUGAGCUCAAUGAAGCCAAAACAUGUGCGUCCAGGCUUAAUUGGUUGCACAAAGACCAAGCCAGGAUGAGCAGACACGGAUUCAUUAAGCCAGGUGAAACCAAUCCUGGAUAGGUGCGCGCUCACGGCUCACUCAAAUAGACCCCGCCACAGAUCACAGAUUAACUGAUUUACCAUGGCAACUAGAGCCGCGUACUUUUCCCCGUCGGAAGCACAAAUCCUCAUGGAGGCAUACGAGGAGGUAAAAGAUAUAAUUAAGAAGAAAGGCAACACCGCCACAGUGAUAAAGCAAAGAGAAAAAGCGUGGCAAAGUAUUGCAGACCGCCUGAAUGCGUAAGUAGUGCACAAUUACACACUCACCGCUCCGCUGAAACAUCACAAUUACAAUUCAAAUAUUUAAUUCACAUCUCCAAAAAUGCAGUAGUACUGUAAUUAUGAAACGGUUACAUUUUUAAUUGAAAUGCACUGCAGAUAUGAGUGAAAUUGUGUAAAGUAACUCCAUCACACUGUAUAAAGCUAUGAUACAUUUUUUGAUAUUUUUACUGAAAACAAGACAAAAAUACCAAGUAAUUUUUUGCAGUGUGACUCCAUUAAAUGUGUGUGUGUGUGUGUGUGUGUGUGUGUGUGUGUGUGUGUGUGUGUGUGUGUGUGUGUGUGUGUGUGUGUGUGUGUGUGUGUGUGUGUGUGUGUGUGUGUGUGUGUGUGUGUGUGUGUGUGUGUGUGUGUGUAGAUUAAACAUGAACGGGCCAAAACGGACAUGGCAGCAGGUCAAAAUCAAAUACAAGAACAUUCUGCAGAAUGCAGUGAAAAAGAAUACCCACAGACAAGGCACGGGUGGUGGGUCACCAAAGGCUGACCUUACCCCAGCAGAGGACAUGGCCUUGGAGCUAAAUAAAGGCAGGCCCGUCUUAGAGGGGAUCCCUGGGGGAAAGAGACGAGCAUAGGUUCCUCCCAAGAUGCCACCCGCUUCAUUCAAGUGCCUGGCAGCACUGUGUUCCUGUUAGAGCCACCAGCACAAGCACCAGACGAUGCUGAUCCAGGUGAAGGCCCCAGUGCAGCAGCAACAGCACAUGAUGGAGACGAUGAUGAGGAGGAGACCAUCUCUCUGGAUUCCAGAAGGCAUGAGGACCCAGAUGCUAUACAGUGGGAAAACCAGCCUGGCAACAUAGUGCGUAUUAAUAAAAGGACACCACAUCCUGCCAAAUUCCAGCUGCGCUAAUUGUAUUGUGUUCACAGAGCUCACAGGCUAUCAGAAAGUUGUAUGGCAACCACCUCCGGCGCCAAAUAGAACUGGCAGACAUAGACAUUCAGUACAAGAAGAAAAAGAUGGAAAAUCUUGCACUGGAGUCCGAAAUAAAAAAGAGGACAAUUAGGAAACUGGACCUUGAAAUAAAAAAACUUGAGAGGGAGCUCCAAGAAGAUGACACAGCUCAAAAUAAAAAUUAGCAAUCAGUACAACCAAGUCAUCGUUAUAAGGCAUCGCCCUCUUUUGCCCACCCCCCCAGCACCAGGUGUGGCCACUAGCCUAUAUGAAGGCCCAAAAUUGUGUGUUCCUUUCUGCUCUGACAAUGGCAUGCCCAUUCGUGCGAGAUGUGGUGGAUGAAGAAGCACUUGUGCUGAGGAGAGCCUUCAGGCGAGAAAGGGUCUUCAGGGACCGGUUGGACCCACUGGCCUUCCCUGAUGACCAUCUAUAUGAAAGAUACAGGUUUUCUGCAGAUGGCAUCAGGUAUCUAUGCAGACUACUGGGUCCCAGGAUUAAGCACCGCACUGCACGGAGCCAUGCACUGAGUGUGGAGCAAAUGGUUUGUGUGGCCUUGCGCUUUUUGCUAGUGGAGCCUUCCUGUACUCAGUGGGGGAUGCAGAACAGCUGAACAAGGCCACAAUUUGCCGCACAAUAAGGAGUGUGUGUCUGGCUAUCAAAGCAUUAGCAGAUGUCUUCAUCUCCUUCCCUGGCCACAGAAGACUCUGUGACAUCAAAGAGGAGUUCUAUAGGAUUGCAGAUGGUCUGCAAUGCUGACUGUGUGAUCAGCAAUGUUGUGGCAAAAUGGCCUGGCUCAGUCCAUGACUCCAGAAUCUUUCGGGCCUCUGAAAUCUAUCAGUGCCUAUCACAAGGUGAAUUCUCUGGUGUGUUGCUGGGAGACAGGGGGUAUGGCUGCCAGCCUUUUCUCCUGACACCUUUCACAGACCCCCAGGAAGCACAGCAGGCCUACAACCAUGCCAGGGCCAGAGUUGAAAUGACCAUUGGCCUCCUGAAGGCACGCUUUCACUGCCUUCACAAAUUAAGGGUCAGCCCUGUUAGGGCAUGUGAUAUUACUGUGGCUUGUGCUGUCCUCCACAAUGUGGCCUGCCUGAGGAAGGAGAGGGCCCCCAGAGUGCCACCAGCCAUGGACUGGGACAAUCCGGCAAUCUUCCCUGAUGACGACAGUGGUCGGCUGCUGAGGGACCAAUAUGUGUUGAAUUAUUUUAGUUAGUAUGUGUGCUUUGAAUUUUGGUUAAAUAUGUCCUGCGGUGGCAGAGGAAUUUGGUUUUUUUUGGGUUCGUUUUUGACGAA